CAUGAGCGGGGGUGGCUCCGCGUCCCCCAGCCGGAGCGGGGCGGCUCCGCUGCCCAGCGACAGGAAGCGGGAGGCGCUAGCCGCCGGCUCCCCCAUUCAGCCCAUCAUAAAGGAUGUUGGGGAAAUCUAUUCAAGACUACUGGAUCACAGACCAGUAAUUCAGGGAGAAAUUCGUUACUUUGUUAAAGAAUUUGAAGAAAAACGUGGCCUCCGAGAACUACGAGUACUUGAAAAUCUAAAGAACACAAUCUUUGAAACGAAUGAACACGUUCUUCCUAAGUGUGAGCAGGCAAUGCAUGACAAUUUGAAUGAAGCAUUCAAGAGAUUGCAAGCUGCCAAUGAUAUGAUCCAUAGACUUCAAGAGAGGGAGCAUGAAGAGAGGAAGCUUCAGGCGGACAAGCUGAUGGCUCGUGAAGAGAAGCGCAUAGCCCACUGGGAGGAAUUCAUGAAAGAACAACAAAACAAACAAGCAGAGGUGGACGAAGAGCACAGAAAAGCUGUGGAGCGCCUCAAAGAGCAGUAUUCUGAGAUGGAGAAGGAACUGGCCAAAUAUGUUUCUUUUUAAGACCUUUCUUUUUUGAUAAUGCUGUGUUUGUGCCAAUACUCAGUUGCUUCUGACUUAAAUUGAGAUUCUUUUGGAAAGCUGAAACGCAUAAGAAAAAGGGAGAAUUUUCUCUAAAGGUUUGGUAUGGGAAAAAAAGGUUUGCAUACUUUCAACUUAAGUGCCUAUCUAUGCUUGUUUUGUUCAGGGCAGGUGGAAUGUCAGUAUUUCUUCAUUUGUUGGAAGGUGGAACUGGAAAUUACAUUGUGUGACUGCAUCAGCUCAGGGAGUUGCAAACUGGACUUCUCUCCCAUCUGCAGUGAGUUUUGUAUCAUUUGGGAAAACAGAGAGUAAUGUAACAUUAACUAUCCCAGUGUGCAGCCACAGCCCUUUUCCAAAAAGUAGAUGUAAUAGGUUCCAGCCAUAGUUAGCGGAGAAUUCACUGGGAAAACCGUAAAUCCCAUUCAUAGAUUUCAGGAAAACCAACUUCUUUUACGGAAUAUUUUACUUUGAAGCUUUAGCAAUGGAAGAUCUCAACAGAGUUUUAAAUCCAGUUGUAAUUCCAACUUUUGGGUUGUAUGUUCAGUAUUAUGAAGUAGAGUUGAGAUUUAAAUGGGUUUUGCUAACAUAAAAAUGGCUAAGUGAGCUUGGACAACAAUUUCUUUUCCCUCCCUGUAAAUGUCUCAGGCCUCUCUUUUUAAGCUUUACUGUUCCAAGCAAAGCCAAAACAAGCUCAGAAGUAAUCAUGAGAAGCAUAUCGGUCUUUGUAUUAGCUUUGUAGCUAGUACAGUAUUUACCUUAAAUAUUUGACAUGCUGUUGUUUUACUUAGGAUAAGCUUGACAGAACUGUAUAAAGCAAUUGAGGAAAGAUUUUUGUUUCUUUAUCAGCAUAACAAAUGAGCAGAUUAGUGGUAAAACACCUGUAGUACUGAUCUGGUUUCUUACUAACUGUUACUCUUACGGGGUAUGUGAAACUCCUGUAUUGCUUUUUUUUAUUUAAAACUUGCAGUUAACAGCAGUGUAACUGAAGAAGUUAACUUCAUCAGUUCAUUAACCAAGCAAAAUGAGACGUAGUACCUUAAUGAAAUUUGCUGCAAGCUAACUGUUAGUACAGGAAAUAUCUUUCCAUAAUUUAGCUGGUGUCCAAUAUAGAAUGGAAACAGGUAAAAAUAAACAGAAUUUACCCUUUACCUGUAUUGCAACAGUAAUAUGCCAACAAUGGUUGCUUGUGUAAGUUUAUGGCUUGGUGUCAAGGCUCUGUUCCUGGCAGCAUGUUGAUAGUGUGAUUAAAGUUAGUAGAGGAGAUGGAAUAAGUAUUUGAGAUUUCUUUCAAUAACACUGAAUUCCUGCCAAGCUGCUCUGCCCGCUACUGUAGGCCCAACAGCUUCAUCAAUCAUCAUCGUGUAUCUGGACUGAAAAGAGGACUUGCCGACACUGGGGCACGCUGGAAUGUUGUUAAUUCUCUGUUGUGGAUGGAAAAAACGUAGAUGCCUCAAAAGUAUCCCACGCAUGAAAAAUAGGAAAGCCUCUUUUAGAACAACCCCUGUUUGAAUAGAAGGUGACCUCUGUAAUAUUUUUCAGCUUAUGUACCCAUGAUGAAUGUUGUAACUAAGCUCAGACUUUCAUUUAAAAAGAAAAAGUUAGUUCUUGCCUGUCUUUAGAAUUGGGUGUGGAAUAGUUUUGAUUGUUUUGAGCACAGGCUGAAAGUGGCUUCUCUCUUACCAGAUUAUUUGAUGUGUAUGUGCCCAAAUACCUUUAUAACAAAAUGCAUUUAACUGCAUACUGAAUUCAUUUUUAUUUUUGCACUGAUAAUUUUUAUUAAGAUUUAGAUACCUAAUUAACUGUGCACUGGAGCUGUAGAUUUUAGUAUUUUGUCAAUUUGAGGGCUCUUAAGCAAUGAUACAAGUGUUGCAAGUUGACUAUUCACUGGAAAAUAAAGCGGUGUUUCUAAAAUCUUC